ACCGUAAGGGCUCUGGGCUGUGAGUUGGGGAAAGAAGAGAUGAAGAGAAUCAUCUCUGAAUUCGGUGAAGGAGGGUCAGGGAAGCUAACCUUUAAGUCAUUUCUGCAAGUGAUGGCUCGGAAGAUGGCGGAGCCAUGUUUGGAAAAGGAGAUCCGGGAAGCUUUCAAGGUGUUUGAUUGUGAUGGCACGGGCAAGAUCUCCUUUGAGAAUCUCAAGGUGGUGGCUAGCGAGGUGGGGGAAGACAUCACGGAUGAGGAGCUGCAGGAGAUGAUUGAUGAAGCAGAUGUGGAUGGAGAUGGGGAAGUGGACAAACAGGAGUUCCUGCGGAUGCUGACGCUGGCUGACCCAUAA